GACGGAUGCAGGCGAAAGGAUGCAGCUGAUGGUCGAGUGAGGGGGAAGCAGCCUGGCGAAGCGGGGCAGGGGGAAGACAGGGAGGCUUGGGGACGGGGGCAGCGGUCGUGUGCAGGUGGGGAAGGGACGAGCAGACCCUGCUUGAGGUGGUAGGAGAGAUACUCCGCCAUGCCAGUGACACAAGCCCUGCAGGGGAUUAAGCCCCCGGUCCACGACCAGAUUACAGAGCUGCAGAACAAGAUACAACUCCUAGGUAAGGGGUGCCUGGCUGCUGAGGGGAGAAAGCGUUCGGAAGUGGGAGAGGAGGCAUCCCGUAUUGAGUAAGGCUGCUUUUCUGUGCACACCUACUUGGGAGUAAACAUUAAUUUACUUAUGUGUAAGUGUGCAUAAACUACCAGCAUGAGUUUGACCAAACUGCGGGAGGCAGUGGAAGACAGGAGUGCCUGGCGUGCUCUGGUCCAUGGGGUCACGAAGAGUCGGACAUGACUAAACGACCAAACAAGUGUACAUAAUAUUAUAUAUAUAAUAUAGUAAGUGUGCAUAAUAAAGGGACGCGGGUGGAGCUGUGGGUUAAACCACAGAGCCUAGGACUUGCCGAUCAGAAGGUCGGUGGUUCGAAUCCCCUUGACGUGGUGAGCUCCCCUUGCUCGGUCCCUGCUCCUGCCACCUAGCAGUUCAAAGGCACAUCAAAGUGCAAGUAGAUAAAUAGGUACCACUCCAGCAGGAAGAUAAAUGGCGUUUCCAUACACUGCUCUGGUUCGCCAGAAGCGGCUCAGUCAUGCUGGCCACAUGACCUGGAAGCUGUACGCCGGCUCCCUCGGCCAAUAAAGCGAGAUGAGCGCCGCAAUCCCAGAGUCGUCCGCGACUGACCUAAUGGUCAGAAGUCCCUUUACCUUUACCUAAGUGUGCAUAAUAUUGAACUGAUUGCAAAUUGUCAUGCAGGACCACGAGUUAGGUGCUAGGUUGGCCCAGAAAGUGUUUUCCUGUUUGUCACAGCAAUUUUUUUAUUUUAAAAAAAGCAACAACUGUGGCGUGUUAUGUAUUGGGGAAGGAUCAUAGCAUCUGCCUUUUGUGUAAAAAAAACCCCUGUGUUCAACCCAUGGGGUCUCCAGGUAGGGAUGGAAACAGAAGCUGCCUGAAACCAUGCAAAGCCAUUUCCAGUCCAAGUAGAUAAUGGUGAGCACGAUGGACCAAUGGUGUGAUUAUUUUAGAUGUAGCAAUCACUCAGCAGAAUCCUCAGGGACAAUAUUCCAUUGCUUCGUUCCUUUUUGCAACACCCUGUAAAUUAUGUCAUUACCACUAUUUUGUUAAUGGGAAGGUAGAAAGGGAAGGGCUCCCUCCUAAAGCUACCCAUGGGGAAAGUGGAACAUUACUAGUAGUCCACUCACUUUUAUCUAUUCAUUUGUGGUAUAAAGGGGUGUGGGAACAUGAAUGUUUGUCAAGCUUCCCUGUUUGAAAGCUUCAGGCUAAUUCUUAUACACUGCAGAUGACCAGACUCCUGGCUGUUCCAUUUCAGAUCUUUCCCACUUGGAUUUCUAACUAACCAGUUGCAUGUAGUAGUAGUAGUAGUAGUAGUAAUAAUAAUAAUAAUAAUAAUAAUAAUAAUAUUUAUUAUUUAUACCCCACCCAUCUGGCUGGGUUUCCCCAGCCACUCUGGAUGGCUUCCAACCAAAUAUUAAAAAUACAAUAAAACAUCAAACAUUAAAAAAUUUCCCUAAACAGGACCGCCUUCAGAUGUCUUCUAAAAGUCAGAUAGUUGUUUAUUUCCUUGACAUCUGAUGGGGAAGGUGUUCCAUAGGGCGGGCACCACUACAGAGAAGGCCCUCUGCCUGGUUCCCUGUAUCUUCGCUUCUCGCAGUGAGGGAACCGCAAGAAACUGGCACAGUUCAGCCACUGAUGUGGUUUUGCAGAAACACUCUUAAAAAUAAAUAAAAUUUUAUGGCACCUUUCCAAAGUUAAAACCAUUCUCAAGGCGGCUUACGACAUGAAAAUAUGUUACAUAAUUACAAACAUAAAGUAGUCAUAACCAAUAAAUAAAACACAUGAAAAAGUACACAGCCAAAUUGAACAAUUUCCAUGUAAAGCAUAAUAUAUUAAAAAAGAUACAAAAAAUAAUAUCAGUAAUAGCAACUAAACCUCCCUAAAAAAUACCCCAGCCCAGUAGUGUGUUCAGCAGCCUCAGCUUUUGUAGCUGGAGGCCAGUCAGGGCCCUGCCCUUCUAGGCCAGGUGGAAAAGGCUAGCAAGGCAGAGAGCAGGUCUUCCAGGACACACAGCCAAGAUGUUGCCUCUUAGGAGCAGCAGAGAGGGAGAAUGUGAGAACAUACUAUAGCCAUGCUUGUGCUACUGUAAAGUCGAGUUAGAUGCUAAGAAGUGCUGGUUUCAUUGGGUUGUAUUCAGCACAGCAUGUACUGAGUUCCACUCAUACAACAGGACUUCCUUUCUCCAUGCACCCCCUAAAAUCUGUUCCAAAUGGUCCCCCCAGUCCUCUAGAGCAGAUUUUGGGGACCCACAGGAGGCUGCAAAGGAGAGGCAAGUUUCUUUGCUCAAGCAAGAUGUCUCUUGUGCAAGCAGAACGGCAACAUUGGAUAUAACCCAUUAAUCCUAUUGACUGUGCCAAUAUCCAUAUUUCUAGUGUGCACCACAGUCUAAUUAAUAUGUUCAAGUCUCGUACAUCCAAUACUAGUACACUUUUUGUUGAGGUCUAGAAGUGGAGGGGCAUCUGAAAGGUAUUUAUACUGCCACAGAUGUAUGAUUGGCCUACAAUAUCUAUUUUUGUGGACUGAGAAAUUAAAAAACACUAUUAUUUUCAGACUGGAGAUACAGACCAAAGCAAAAUGCUCGAAGCCUCUACAAGGAGAUUGGAUUUCCUAAAAAAAGAGGCCUUGUAUUAAGCCCUUUUUGUCCUUGGUUACACUCCUGAUUCUAGUGAAAUACUAAAUUCAACUCUCAAAGUAUGUCAUGUAGUAAAGCAUUAUUUCUGUCAUUUCACUCACUAUAUAUAAUGUAGCUGCCAUAAUCACAUAUCUGUGAGAGGAUAUGAAGAUGACUAAAAGUUACCCAAAUUGGCAACUACUUCAAGUUUGGCUUUGCCGCUGCUUCUUUUUUGGAUGAGCAAUAAGCAGAGUGGUUUUAUUUGUCCUCAUUACAGAAGGUGAUCGGAAAGCUUACUAUGAGACCACCCAAUGGAACAUUAAGAAGAACAAGGAGUCAAUUUUGCAACUGAGAAAGGAGAAUAAGAAGUUGCACAAAACGUUGGCACAUCUCCUAGCGGUGAGCCUCAUAGCUAUGUUUCCCCCUGUUUCUAGCAAGCGGAAAUAGUGAGCAGAAUUUAUGAUAUCAGCUCAUGCUGGCACUCAUCCCAGACCAAGAUCUCUUUUCACUCUCAGAUAAGGGCCCCAGCUCUACAGUUCUUCCUUAGGCACAGUGAUUUUUUUCUAAAAAAAUGUUUAGGGGUACUCUCAUUUUCCUACUCAUAUUGAAAUACUGCCCCUCAAUGAUGCCAAACUUAGAUUCACAAAAUGUUUAGGGGUAUGUGUACCCCUGUGUCCCCCCAGAAAAAAGCACUGCUUAAGCUUGAGUGCUUUUUGGUGGAAAUAUAUAAAAGCAUACAUUGUCCAUACUUUUACUCUAUUAGCAGUCACUGCACAAUCUAUCAGGGAUGCUUCUCAGGAAUUCUGGACAUUUUGUCCAGGGGUCAAAGCAGUCAACAUGGAUUUUUAGGUGUUUUUAUAUCACCUUCAUGUGUACAUGCUGAAACCAGACAAUGGCAUUCUAUAACCUUUGGGCAAUUUGAGAUAUUUGGCUCCAAUGUUCGAGUUACCAAGAAAGCUGGAAAGUGUCAUGCGGCAAAUAUUGUUGCUAAAAAAAUAUUCAAGCAACAUGAAUGGUUAGAACUCAAGCAAAUCAACAACUUUAUUUCAAUUUCUGCACUUUAAGAUAGUGACUGCAGAUGUGGCUGUAUGUGAUACUGAUUUUGCUGCCCGAUAACAAGCUAAAGCUACUUCUGGAUACCUUAGACUUUCAAAAACUUCUCUUACCGGCCAAACAAGUUGUAUUUACAAAUAUUGAGAAGAAAAAGCACAUGAUUAAUGCGUUAUGUUCAAAAUGUGUACAGUGUGUCAAAGAAAAUGCAUGGAAAAUAUACAUGUGCUAACCUGAAGUUCAAGUGUAGCAUCUCAAGUCCUUUGCAAUGUUGUCUCUUAGCACAGAGACCUGAAAACACACGAGGAAGCAUACAUUAUUUUGUUGCAGCCAGUAAUCUAUGUUGUCAUUGUGUGUCAUCACAAAUGCAUCAGGGCUGUUUCAGAUGACAGUGGUGUGUUUGUUUUGCUAGUAAACUACUACUGGAAGUUUAAUAUGUCAGGGAAAGUAAGCAUGAAAGUGACAAGCCAUGGAACACAAGUCAUUGACCUAGGGCAAACUGCAAAGAAACACAAAAGUAUUGCUCAGAGUCUGUUAGCAGCCCAUUCUGAAUCUGGCUGUGACACUCUGGGACGCUGUCAAGGUGCUAAGGAAGGAACUAUGAUGAAUAAGACGUUGGAACGGCUGUCAAGCCUAAGAAUGAACGAAGGAAAAACUGAAGAUGUUCUCAGUGAGGCUAUAACACUGGUUAGUAGCUUUUAUCACCUUUUUCAGCCUGAAGUCCACAUUCCCUUCCAGAGGUAGAGGCAAAUGUGGGCAGACCAACAAAUGUGAAUGAUACCUUUGUACAGUAGGCAGUUUUGACACACACUUGCACACCCCUCUCUAGCCUCCAAACAAGCAAAAAGCACCAUCAGUGUUCAGGGACUGGCUCCAGCCAAGCAAACACACUCAAGGAGGGUGCAAAGUUGAGCUAGUAAGAGGCAUGGGUUGGGGCAAGUGCCAUGGGAGAGGUCUGAGGUUCCCCAUCCCUGGUCACAUUAAUGCAGACAUGCAAGCAACAAGUGUGGUGGCUGGAAACUCCAAAUGCACAUUUAGUAGGAAUAUAUUCACAGAAUUGUAGAGUUGGAAGGGACCACAAAGAUCAUCUAAUCCAACCCCCUGCUGUGCAGGGAUCUUUUUGCCCAAUGUGGAGCUUGAACCCACAACCCUGAGGUUAAGAGUCUCAUACUCUGCCAACUGAGCUAUCCUUUCAUGUGCACCAAAGCUUGCUUCACUAUCACCACGGAACCACUGGGGAAAUGUCAGACAUGCUCUUUCCCAAGCCAUGGUAUGGUAUUCAUCUGCCAGCUCUGAUCCACCACCCAACUAAGCUUUGGUUGGACACACAAGGAAAAAACAAAAUGUUUGGUUCCAAUUGAAAUCCCACUAAAUGUACGUCCUGUUCCAAAACAGAUGCUAGAACUCAUCAAAUGUAACUCAUUCUGCUAAGCCUUGGAGGAACAGCCCCUUCCCAUCUCCCAAGUCUGGAGAAAGAUGGGGGUCUACCUGAGCUCACACUGAGUUUGUCGCACCAGAUUUAAUAAUGUGCUCGCCAAUAGCAAGAUGGGAAAGGCCCUUAUGCACCCUUCGUUUUUAUAAUUUUAUUGCAUACAAAGAGUGGGCUGGACAUAUAACUUGGGACAUUAUCAACCUUUGUUCUUCGGCUUGUGUAUGUGCAUGAGUGGUUUUUGAUUAGACCAUUAUCUGAACUUGCAAAAAAUAUAUUCGGACUCAUGCAACACUGCUGAUAAUCAGUUCCCUUCCUAUUCCAUCUACUAGAGGUGUUUGUCACCUGGAGAUCUGUGUGCUUCUUCAGAGCUGGUCCAAUAAAAUGUUGCCUUAACUAUUUCUUGCAUGUUUGCAUUUAAAGCAUUCCCAGCGUUUCCUCUGCAUUUUUAAAAAGAUGGGAGAAAGGACUUUGGCUUUUGGGGGGGAAGAGGGGGUGUCGCACAUGCCUUUCUUAACACACCCUACCUUCCUACUUGUAAAAGGCAAGCUCUGUUCAAAGAAAUAUGCUUCCAUCUUGUAUGCAUCUUGGAUUUAUGUCAGACUUUCAGAAAAUGAAAACAGUUAUUUGGGGUUUUUUUCAGGGAGAAGAAAAAGUCAUCAAGGCUGCAUUCCACGAACAUCCAGCUGAGCAAGGGUCUGUGAAAAAUAAAACUGGAGAGGUAGGUGAUCCCUGUCCCGUUAUAUCAUUGCACAGAACGAAAAUGCCAAAAACUGAAAACCCUGCAACACAAAGGAAAAACAAUGUGUCUAUUGGGCAACAAGUUUCUCAGGUUUGCACAUUAUUUCAAAAACCUGCAGUAUCUGUUUGCUCAGAGGAAAUAAUAGGACAAAAAACAUUUGCACAACAUGAAAAGCUUUCCUCAAUUCAGUUUUUUAUAACUUUAUUUUUCAUUUUCAGCUUAUACAAAUAUUUUGACAAGAAAAACAAAAUCUUUACAAAUCUAACUUCCCUUCCCUUCAAAUUCCCUCCCUUCCUUUCUGCGGUUAUUUAUUUCAUAUCUUUUUUAUAGCUGCAUAUCCAAUUCAAAUAUAUUUGCAAAUUUUCCCUUAUCUUAAAGCCUUCCUCAGUUCAGACGAGUUUCAGCUUUAUUAAAACCAAUUCUUUGUCUCCAGUCUAAUUCACCCUCACCUGGAUGACUGUCCACACAAUCGUUGAGGCUUCUUUAAUUCUUCUCCUCUUCCCUCUGUUCCAAAGGGUGCUAUUCAGAUCAUCAAUCACCGGCUAUGUGAGAAAAUCAAUCAGUUAAACAACCUGAAGCAUCAGGUGGAGAUGCGGAAACGCAGGCUGGAAGAGCUACAGCUUCAGUAUGGUGUUAAAACAAAAGAGAUCACUGAAAUGCAAGAAAUGGAAGAACGGAAUAUAGAGGCAGCUAAGGUGAGUCAAAUCUGAAUCCUUUGGAAGGAGGAGGCUGAAAAGCUCCACCAUUGUUUCCCUCUCACUAGGCUAGAAUGUUGUUGUUGUUGUUAAAUUUGUAUACCAUCCUUUAUCUGUAGAUCUCAGGGUGGUUCACAACAUAAAAUUACAAUAUAAAAGACAUAAUACAUCAGGCUCCCUCAACCUUGGCCCUCCAGAUGGUUUGAGACUACAAUUCCCAGCAUCCCUGAUCACUGGUCCUGCUAGCUAGGGAUCAUGGGAGUUGUAGGCCAAAAACAUCUGGAAGGCUGAGGCUGAGGAAGCCUGCAAUACAUAAUGCAUAAUAAAAAUAAGAACAAAAACAAAUCAUUGCUGUAGUGCUGUUGCCACUUCUCUCUCUCUCUCUCUCUCUCUCUCUCUCUCUCCCUCCCCCCUCCCUCUUUGAAUGCUUGAAAAGGACUCUUGUCAUGGGCACCUCACCUUUUAUAUUUCAUCUCACCUUUUAUAUAUGCAUUCUAUUUAUAUGCAUUCUUUUAUAUAUGCAUUCUAUAUAUUCAUAUAUAUAUUGCAUUCUGCAGAAGUUGGACUCCUGCAGGUAUUAUUAGUUGUAGUAUUCCAAGUGGAGUCUUUCCUUCUACCAGAGUCCUGGUUUAGCUAAAAUGUCUGGAUUCCCUGAGCCCUCAGAUCUCUUGAGAAGAACCACCAAUGAUUUUGCAAAUGGCUCCUUUCUGCUUUGAUUCCCUCAGAUUGGAGGAAAGCUGCUCUCUCAGGUAACACAGAGAGCAAGUUCUUAUCACCGAGCUGUAAGGUUGAUGUGUCAUAUCUACUCCUGUAGCUCCUCUCCCUGAGAUGCAGUGAUGAAUUCAGGAUCUCUCAUGUUUGGUCUCUUUUGCUCUCUGAUUGUUACUAAUUGGUAAGGAGGCAUCAGUGUGAUGUUUGCAUGUCCUUGGCAUGCUGAACCCGUGACUGGCAGUUCUUGGAGUUUGUGCCAUUCUCUCAUAAUCAUACAACUGUAGAGUUGGAGGGGACCCUAAGGGCCUUCUUAUCUAAGCCAUCUUCCUUGUGACAGCCCUUUGGAUAUUUGAAGCUGGCUAUCAUAUCAUCAUAGGGACGCAGGUGGCGCUGUGGGUUAAACCACAGAGCCUAGGACUUGCUGAUCAGAAGGUCGGCGGUUCGAAUCCCCGCAAUGGGGUGAGCUCCUGUUCUCGGUCCCUGCUCCUGCCAAUCUAGCAGUUCGAAAGCUCGUCAGCGUGCAAGCAGAUAAAUAGGUAUCGCUCCGGCGGGAAGGUAAACGGCGUUUCCGUGCACUGCUCUGGUUCGCCAGAAGCAGCUUAUUCAUGCUGGCCACAUGACCCGGAAGCUGUACACCGGCUCCCUCGGCCAAUAAAGCGAGAUGAGCGCCGCAACCCCAGAGUCAGCCACAACUGGACCUAAUGGUCAGGGGUCCCUUUACCUUUACCUUUAUCAUAUCAUCUCUCAGUCUCCUCCAGACUAAACAUGCCCAGCUGCUUCAACCAUUCCUCAUAAGGCUUGGUUUCCAGGCCUUUUAUCAUCUUGGUUGCCCUCCUCUGCACAUGUUCCAGCUUGUCAAUAUCCUUCCUAAAUUGUAGUUCCCAGAACUGGAGUUGGUGCUCCAAGUGGAGUCUGAUCAAGUUAGAAUAGGGCAUUGAAAAUAGAAAUAAUAAUAAUAAUAAUAAUAAUAAUAAUAAUAAUAAUAAUAAAAUGUUAGCUGACAUUUAUAAUGCAGGACAUCCUGGCAUUCUAGAUCUGGUUAUCCUAAAUUGGAUGUCAUCUAGGAAUGGCAGCUUUCCUUCCUGGGCAAGCAGCAGCUGUGGGAGAGCAGGACUGAUCUGGAUCAGAACUAGAGCAGCAAUAAAGGACUGAAUUUCUAUCCCUUUCCUCCCAAGUGUGCAGUUGCAAUCCUGAUGAACCCCUCCUGAUGCUGCUGCUCUUUAUCAAAGACAAAACAACCAGUUGCUAACAUAUAAUGUAACGUGUAAUUUGACUCCCCUUUUCUUUCUGGCAGCUUAUGUAAACACACCGCAAGAGGGAGGCAAAGAACCACUGCAUUACUUUCCUUAAUUGUCCCCAUUCUAGCUACUUAGCUGUAAUAGACGCAGUAGAUUGCCCAGUAGGCAGAUUAAGCACAAGCUUUGGGCACUAGCAAAACAGCGGAACAAAAACAAAAAAACAACAACAAGAAGAAAAUGUUUUUGGGAAGAAUUUGACAUUCGAUAUUAAAAAACAAAACAAAAUUAAAAGAUUCUGGGGAUGCAUUCAUGAAGAGAUAAAAAAGAUGUUCAAAAUCUCUAUAGAAAAAAAGCCAGAGCAUAUUUGCUGAGCAUUUUAGGAAAAGAUACCCCACAGGAUAAGAAAAUAUUAUUCUUAUAUGCUACAGCCGCAGUCAAACUAGUCUUGGCAAAAAACUGGAAAGGAGGUACUACCCCCCACAAAAGAAGACUGGUUGAAUAAACUAUGUGAAUAUAUAGAACUGGCAAAGUUAACAGCUGCCAUAAGACACCAGACAAAUCAGAAAUUAAGGAGCGGAUGGCAAUGUUUUGAAGACUAUAUGAAAAAACAUUGGUCUAAAGAUAACAUGUUAAUAUGCAUAGAUUAAGUAUGUAUAGCUGAAAUAGAAUUGAUAUAUUAGGAAUAUCGGGGAUAAUAUAUGAAAGUUGCAAUGGUAAAAAGACUGUAAAAAUAAAGAAUGUUGAAUUUUGGGGAAGGGAAGCCACAGGGGGGAUUAUUGUUUUCUUUUGCUUUUAUUUUAUUUUUUAUCGUGUGCUGCGCUGGUGCCGGCUCGCCAGAGCAGCUUCGUCACGCUGGCCACGUGACCCAGAAGUGUCUCCGGACAGCGCUGGCUCCCGGCCUCUUAAGUGAGAUGAGCGCACAACCCUAGAGUCAGACACGACUGGCCCGUACGGGCAGGGGUCCCUUUACCUUUUAUGUUAACUUUUAUUUUUUGUGUGUGUGUCUUUUAAGCAAAAAAACCAAUAAUUUUUUAAAGUAAAAAACAAAACAAAAAAACAACCAAUUGAAAUAGUCACCGUGGGGGAAAUCAGAAGUUGGUUAGACUUACACUCCACUACACAUCUUCCCUCAUGUUUCUGUUCUCUAUUACUGAUUCCCACCUAAACCAGGAGGCAUCCUACUCAAGUAGUUCAAAAUAAUGCAAGGAAGUCAGAUCCUGUCAUGUGCAAUAUCUUGAUUUCUUUUGUUUUGAAAUUUUGUUUUAUGGUUUACUAUUGGUUUUAUUUUGAAUUACAUAUGGGGGCACCAUAAUCUUUUCAGUGCUUGGAACAUCUAAGGUCUUAAUUCUGUAAAUGGAGCUGUCCGAAAUUGAGAAAUUGCCAUAUGUGCCCUAUUCUCAGAUGAGGACAUCAAGACAGAGAGAAGGGAGAUGAGUAGCUCACUGAGAUACUGAGGACAAAAGCACAGUGCCUGAGCUCCCAAGCCUUAAUUUAUCCACCAGACCUCUAUACUGUUCCUGUUAGUGAUAUGAUAGGGAUGCUGUUCCACUUUUAGUCCUCUGAUAUGAAUGAUUUAUACAUUUGAAUAUACAGUACAGGCAGGAGCUACACUGAUACACACCUUCACAAACCUAUGAACAAAGUAUGUAUUCUCCACCCUGUGAUGAAUAUACUCAGUACAUUUUGGCUGUGAAUGGGCAACAGUUCUGAGCCAUAAGAGAAGGACCCAUAAUUCAGUGAUGUGGUUUGCUUUGUGCACAUAAGCUCUCAGGUUAAAUUCCUGGCAUUAUCUGACACAAGAGGAUAACAAGCCUGUAGACCCUUUGCAAUUCAGAACAUACAGUACUGGGGUACAAACAGUUGUCUAGGUUGGCAUGGGAACUUCAUAUGUUCAUAUGAAGGUUUAAAUCAGAGCUUAGCAUGUCCUGCAGCUAACUGCAUGUGCGCAUAUGUUGGAUGUUUUUAUCUACAAGAGGAAAAUUGUGUGAUAGUUUCGAAAAAUAAGCAUUGUUGAAAAUGUAGGCAAACAUCCUCUAUCAGAUGCAAUUAACCGUGUGCAAAUGCAUGAAUGUGUUAUCAGAUUGAAGUAUUGAAAGGAUUAUUUUAUUAGAUGGUAAGAGCACAUAACUUGGAACAACAUCGCUGUGCUCUAAUUUUUCAAAUGCUAGAGCAUCUUUGUUUAAACAAUCUUAGAUACUUAUAUUGGUGUUUGAUAUCUUUCUGAGAGACACUGGUUUCUCAGUAUCUCAUUAUUUUUCUAAGAGAGAUUCAAGCACCAUUUUGCACAUCCAGUUAUACAAAACCUAAUGCUUAGCACCUGCUGUAGUCAGUGCUUUCCCCCCCUCUCAUUUUGACUCAAGAAAAUCACCAAUUUAUAGUUCAGAUCGGGGGAAAUUAAUACAGUAAAUGGACAAAAGUACAAAGAUUCACAAAAUAUUUAAGGGUAUGCGUCCCCCUGCAUGUCCCCAGAAAAAAGCACUGACUGUAGCUAAACCAACUGAAAAACAAGCAGUUGCAACUAGCAGAUCACAGGAAUCUGAAUAAAGGUAUCACCCAAAUUUGCAAUAUCUACCACUUGUAAAACAAACAGAAGAGAUUCUUGGAACUUGCCUCAGAAAGCGGGGGUUUCUAAUGUAUUCUGAUUACUUAAAUAAAACUUGUUUGAGUAAAGGAAGUAGGAAGACAGUGGUUGUAUUCAACCACGUUCUUGUUCCCUCAAUCCUGUCUGUGCAUGAAUGUCGUUAGAGGAGAAGACCACACAUGCCAGACAGGUGACUUUUCUCACCCACCACCCAUCCUGCCAGAUCCUGAGGUCUUGCGCCGGGGACUAUUCUCCACUUGCUGGCUGAGCUGUACCAGCAUUUUGUUUUCCCUUCCAAGCUGGCAAUGUGCCAGGUCCGUUUUUUCCUUGUUCUGUCACCAUGGAGCGAUCACCAUGUUUGCUCACCUUGAAGAUUCCCUACAACUCAAUGAGGUCAUUGUAAAAAUUUCCACUGACUCGUAAAGCACUUGGGAUGGUUGUCAGUCCAGCCAUAUGCAAUCUGAAGAACGUGGUAAUGGAAAGAUUAGACUAUAGAACCUGAAAGUUGCUUGCAUCCCUGCAGCUGUAACUUGGGAAAAGGACAUCUUUGAACUAGAUGGGUUUUUGGAGAGACUUCAUCCUACUGGCUGCUAGCUCAGUUUGCUGUUCUUUAUAUCCAGACUCUACGAACGCUGGAGAACCGACUGGAAAAGGCCAGAUUUAAGACUGAUGAGGCCCAACGCAUCACCGGCAUGUACCAGAAGUUAAAAUCGCAUAUGCAGGUGAGACACAGACACAUUCUAAGAUAGGGAUGGGGAACCUUUUCCAGCCCAAGAGUCAAGUUUCUUCAUGAGUAAUGUUCUGGGGGCUAAAUGGCAGGUAUGGUUGGACCAGAGCCUCACAUGCAAUCCAUCCACCUGCACAUUUGCCUCCUGUUCACCCACAGGGCAGGUAAGUAGGUUAAACAGAGAGACUUUACUCACCCAAGGUCACAAAGUAAGCUUUGUGGCUGAGUGAGGAUUUGAAUCCUGAUCUCCCAGGUCCUAGAUGCAGUGAGUUAAGUGGGUUAGGAGCCACCGAGGGAGUUAGAUGAUUAGGGAUUUGUGGUCUGCAAAGAUAAAUGAGGCAUCAUGGCUAUUUGCUCCACAACCACCCUGGAAUGCUUCAUCCCUUUUCUAGGAGCAGAGCCUGCACUUCCAGAACAAGCUGGAUGCUAUGGAAGCUGAGAUCUUACGCCUACGCAACGAGCUUAAGGACCUGGAAAGCGUGAACACGGAAGCCCAACAUGCUCGUGAUACAGCCAGGGUAGGGAGUCAGCACAGUGUUGGAUACAGGAGGAAGGAGCAGUCAUGGUUUGUGGCUACUGUGUGGUGAGGAGCAAUACAGUCGUACCUUGGUUCAAGAACCAAGAACCUUGGUUCAAGAAUGGAACCCGUUUCAGUAGUCCGUUUGACUCCCAAAACCAUUCAAAAACCACGGCGCGGCUUCUGAUUGGCUGCAGGAGCUUCCUGCACUCAAUCAGAAGCCUCGUCAGAUGUUUGGCUUCCAUAAAAAGUUUGCAAACCGGAACACCUACUUCCAGGUUUUGCAGCAUUCGGGAACCAAAACGUUUGAGUCACAAGGCGUUCAAGUACCAAGGUAUGACUGUAUAUACAUGUUGAACUUGUAUAAUAAUUAAAUAAUACAAGACCUCCCACUGUAAGGAGAUUCUCACUAGGGGCUGCAGUUAUAAUUAAUUUUAUUUGCACACAUAUUAUUCAUUUCACAUAUUUUACUCUGUUCUUAAGAGUCAUACUUUCAAAGAACUUGGGGUUUGUUCCAGAGACUUUUUAAGCUUUUAAAGCAAACAUAUUAGCCUAGAACUCUUAUUUAAAACAAAUAAAAUAAGAGUCGGGUGCCCCUGUAUUAACCACACAACUCUAAUUGUGAUCUAGUGUUGAGUAGGUUAGGAGAGAGCACCAGGAAGUGGUCCUCAGGGAACAUCACAACAUCCCCGAGAUUGGAGUCUCACCACAUUAAUGGGUGUAUUGGGCUGUCCAAAAACAGGCCUAAGAGGUGCAGAGAUGUUCACAGUGCAUCCUAUUUAGAGAUUACAAGGACAGGACAGUAGCUUACCUUCUCUUCCCUCCAAAAUGCAGGCACAGCUCCUGAACCAAGAAGAAAUCAUCUACCGAGAACGGAAAGUUCGUGAUAAGAAGCUGAAGGAUCUGAAGAAGCUGACCGAGGAAAAGAGAGCGCAGAAUGAGCGUACAGAGAGGCGGGUACUGUAGGGUUUUCUUCUCUCCAUUAAGUGACUGACACUCCCCAAGUCUGUCCCCUGUCUCCAGACUGACUAUAAGCCAAAAGGAUAUUUUGCCUGUUAGAUAGCUUCUGCUUUUCCUGGUGCUAACAGCAAGAUCUUAAAUCUCAGAAGUGGACUAGAUAAAGAUCACAAAUGUCUGAAAUGGGCAAGCAGCCACUCUCUGACUCUGAACAGGCCUGAGUGUGCUUUAAACCUUCUGUAACGAGAAAAGAGGAGUUAGGUCUUAUUAUUAUAAUUCUGCCCCCGCUAGCAAAUUCUGUGGUUUUGCUGCAUCUGUGUGAAAUUACAGAAGUCAUAACACUGUCUGUGAACUGCCAGUGGGAUUCUAUAGCAAAAUUUAAAAAAUCUAACAUUGCCCCCAAUCUAUUGUCAGCCAGGGAUCUGGGCAAGGCCCCAUCUCUUUCUGAGGUGUGGUGUUAUGGCUUGUCAAGUGUAUUUUUGGUCCUUAAGCACCGGCCACAAGGUUUGUCAACUGAACUCAAGCCCUGGGUAUGGAAAUUACUAUACUGAUUAGGAUUGUUUCAUUACCCAGCUGAGGCUCAGGCCACUAAGGGCAUUUAAAAACAUUUUAGAGGCCAACUGUUGCACCAUGAAUCCCUCCCCACCUCUGCUGUUUCCUCUUCCAACUACGUGUAAAAUUUUGUUAAAUAAAUAAAAAGUUUCUUGCAAAGAGGCUCGGUGGAUGAUUUUUCUGAGCACCCGAUUGAUCUCUGCACCCAGUUAAGAAAUAAUUAGUUUAUGUAGCAGGUGAGCAAUUAUAUCCUCCUUUAUGAAGUGUGGCUGCUUUGUUUAUUCCCUCCCACGAAAGGCUUUAAUCAGGGUGUCCUGACUAAUCUGAGGGUGGGCUAAUGUGGAUGUGAUCAGUGACUUAGAAGAUCCUGCCAGGGGAAAGAGCACGACGAGAUCAUCUUGAAGAUCUGUGCCUUGAUUACCCAGAGGCCCUUUCACAUAUUGCCACCUGAACUGCGUUCCAAGGGACUUCUCGUGCCCGUUUUUAUCUAACAUCUCAUUGGCUGGGUGAUCUCAUCUAUACUCCAGGGAAGGUGAUCAAAGGUGUUCUGGUCGCCACCAGCUGUCCAGGGCCUUGACACAAUUGUAAAGGCGAGAGGCAGUAAAGAAGGGAAAAUUAUUAAGCAGAUGAAAACACUGGCAGGAUUAUUGUAAUAACCUUCAGUUUUAUAAGAGUAUAUAUUUAAAGAAGAUGAGUAAAUGAGCAAAUUAAGUUAAUUUGGAUAUGCAUAAGAUAUUAAGAACAAAUUUAAGGAACUGCAGAAAGAGGGGGAAGGAAGUCAAGUUUUGAAAUGUCAAAAUGAUUGUGAAAUUAGUGAAAUGUAUAAAAUUAGUGAAAUGUAUAAACUUGAAAAGUAUAAACAAACAAAGGCUAAAAAUAGAAGAAGGGAAAAUCAUUCAAAAUGGGGGGGGGGAUAGAAAGAAAUCUAGUCAGUUCAGCAUACAAUAAAAUGAGGCAGGAGAGGAAUUAAAAGCAAAUCAACAAUCAACUGGCAAGGCCUUAGUAUAACAGAAGCCAUUUUGAGAUUUUUUUGUUGGGUUAUGUGUACUGUACCUUGUCCACAUGCACUCCAUUUGUUUCAGCAGUCUCAGAAGGAUCGUAUCCCAUUUGGAAGUGACGACGUACUCAAGGAGCCCCAGGUCAAGAAAUCAACUAUCCUGAAAAGCAAACAAGCCAUGUUCACUGCAGCAGAGGCCUUUGACAAGAUCCGAGUAGCCACUGGCGUCACAAAUGCAAAUGUAAGAACUUUGCCCGCUGCCUCCUCCCAGACUCCUUCCUUAGCUGAGAGAGGGCAACAUUAGAUCACUGUUAAACCCACCCUCCCAGCCCCUUUCCAGACUUAAGACGCUUGUUAUUUCUAGCUCCCCAGUCUGAGAUUAAUCUAGUGAACAACAUUAGUUGUUUUGGUGUGGAUCAGGUUGCUCUAAAUGUAUCUGACCUGCCUCACAUUCACUGGCAACGGAUUCAGGAAGCCCAGCCAGUGUUGUGACACUGUCAGGGCUUGCACCCCAAGAUUCAGAAGGAGAAAUAGGCAGCUUGCUGUGAGGGGUAGGAGUCUGUUUUAUCACUGUAUAAUUUGCAAAAUAGCCCAAAUUCAACCUCCAGCUUGUCCAUUGAAACAGAAACAAAGCAAGUGCAGGAUACGCCACUGUGCAAUUCCUGCUUAAUUUUCUUUCCAAAAGGAGUUCCUAAGGGGAGGGGGGGAUGCUGUUAAUUUUGUUGCCCCCAGACGAACUGCAAACAGAAGUGAAUUUAGCCACCCUUCUCAGAGUGGGAGGACAGCUUCCUGGCUACUCUCCCUUCUUUCAGGCAGAGGACCAAAUAAGAAAACUCAGAAUUGAUCUGCACCUUUCCUCGCCCCCGUUUUGCAGCAGCUCCAGCACAUCCCAUGACUGUUCCCUGCUGAUAUGCAGUUGACGCCACAAGUCCAAUUGUUGCUCGGGGCACUAGCUAUUCAUGUGUGACGGCAAAACAUUCUCUGCUCUCCAUGUACCAGCUGCUGCCAGCCAAUCAAAACUUAGUUAUCCUUUUCUGUUGCAGGCUGUGUUCUUAUGCCAUUCUGGGCAAAUUCCAUUCAUAAAUUUAUUCCUUGCCCUUAGUUGAUUUUUCUCAUGACUUUGGCCUCUACUUAAAUAUCCCAAAGACGCCCUGGUUUUGUUUUUUUUUUAAAGCAUUUCUAGGAAAACCGGAUGUCCAUUCCCAUUCAGGUCUUCUGCACUGUGAACCCAGCAGGAAUGCUGCUGUGCCCGUAGGAGGCUCAGGCUUGCAGCCAAGCUAUCUAUGCACAAUCAAUUGUUGCUUUUUGGCAGGAGCCAGACCUGCAGACAGCCACCCACUGACGUAGUUUAGAGGCACUUGUGCUGCAGGUUCCUGGAGGGCAAAAGGCCAAGGACAUGAAAUCUGGAUCUUUUCCAGUAAAGCUGAGGGAUUGGAGAGGAUGUGCUUGUGGCAGGGCUGGAUUAAUUGAACCUAUAAAGCCCGGUAUGUUGAUGAAAAUCAUUGGAUGCCCCUCCUGUUGUCCUCUCCAGUUGGAAAUUUUUGACCCGCUUCCUCCAUGCCUGAAAUUUCAGAGCUGUGUCUUGUCCUGUAAGCAGCAUUGCCUGUAAGCAUGACUGUCCCAUGAAUGACACAGACCAUUUUAAUUUACUCUCAAGCUGCUUUUUGGACCCAUUGCAAAUCCAUUUGAUCUAGCGAGGAUCACAAGGCACCCAAACUAGACAGGAAAGUUUCAGGUUGAUUCUAGAACCAGGACAACUGUCUUUUGCAAGACUUCUCUGUGCUCCAGACUUCUCUGUGCUUCUGUUAGCUUCUAAGCCAAAGAGAUACCCCAUUCUGAGAUUGCCACACUUUGAUGGUGUGCUGGCAGGUUUGCAUUGUCUUGUCUCAUGCCCCUGUGCUGCUGGUUGCUCUCCUCUUUUUUUUUUUUUUUUAAUGAUUUUUAUUAAGGUUUCAGUAAAAAGUUAAACAGAAAAACAUAAAAAAGAAAUACACAAAUACACAGUACAUAAUCCAAAAAAGAAGAAAAACACAGAGAACAAAAAAAAAAAGAAACAGAACAAUUAAAAACAAUAUCACCUUUUCAUUUCCGUUUUUAAAUUUACUUAUUUUCUGGACUUCCUCAUACCUCCCUCUUUUGUAUUCCAGUCCAAAUUGUUUGUCCAGCAAUUUCUUUUCCACUUUUUAAUCCCAAUCUUUAAUCUUAAUGUAAUAUAGCAUUAAAAUUUUACCUCUUAAGUACCAAAUUUCCAUUUCCUUAAACUUCUUUAAUCCUAAUCUUUAAUCUUAAUCUAUCUAUAACUUUAUCCUGUACAGCUGGAAACCACUUAUUUUCAAUCCAACAUCACUCUAACAUUCUUUAAUUUUGCAGUGUUUCUGUAGAUAAUCUUUGAAUUUCUUCCAAUCUUCCUCCACCGACUCUUCUCCCUGGUCACGGAUUCUGCCAGUCAUUUCCGCCAGUUCCAUAUAGUCCAUCAGUUUCAUCUGCCAUUCCUCCAGCGUGGGAAGUUCUUGUGUCUUCCAAUACUUUGCGAUGAGUAUUCUUGCUGCUGUUGUUGCAUACAUAAAGAAAGUUCUAUCCUUUUUAACACCAUUUGGCCGACUAUGCCCAGGAGAAAGGCCUCUGGUUUCUUAGGGAAGGUAUAUUUGAAUACCUUUUUAACUCAUUAUAUAUCAUUUCCCAGAAAGCCUUAAUCUUUGGGCACGUCCACCAAAGGUGAAAAAUGUACCUUCAGUCUCUUUACAUUUCCAACAUUUAUUAUCGGGCAAAUGAUAGAUUUUUGCAAGCUUGACUGGGGUUAUGUACCACCUGUAUAUCAUUUUCAUAAUAUUCUCUCUUAAGGCAUUACAUGCCGUAAAUUUCAUACCUGUGGUCCACAACUGUUCCCAGUCAGCAAACAUAAUGUUAUGUCCAACGUCUUGUGCCCAUUUAAUCAUAGCCGAUUUUACCGUUUCAUCCUGAGUGUUCCAUUUCAGCAGCAAGUUAUACAUUCUUGACAAAUUCUUAGUUUUGGGUUCUAACAGUUCAGUUUCUAAUUUUGAUCUUUCCACCUGGAAGCCAAUUUUCUUGUCCAAUUUAAAUGCCUCCAUUAUCUGAAAAUAAUGAAGCCAGUCUCGCACUUUGUUUUUUAGUUUUUCAAAACUCUGCAAUUUCAGUCUAUCUUCAUCUUGUUCCAAAAUUUCCCAAUAUUUCGGCCAUUUGACCUCCAUAUUGACUUUUUUCAAGGCUUUCGCUUCCAUUGGUGACAGCCACCUUGGGGUUUUAUUUUCUAACAAAUCCUUAUAUCUUAUCCAAACAUUAAAGAGCGCUUUCCUGACAAUGUGGUUUUUAAAUGCUUUAUGUGCUUUGACCUUAUCAUACCAUAGAUAUGCAUGCCUGCUCUCCUCUUAACUUGGUCUGCUUGAACUGUAAGAAUUCAUCUUUUUGGGAGGUUGGAUACCAGCAGUUGGCUCUAGCAGAGACAGGAGACUUUGCUGACCACAGUGGUUUCCCUAUUGAGGCUCCUUUUGAUGUGUGCAGUAAUACCUCUGGUUGCGAACCUCUUUGGGUUACGAAUUCUGCUAACCUGGAAGUAGCUUCUCCCGGAAGCAAACUUUGCCCCGGGAUGCAAGCAGAAAUCACGUGCCAGAAGCGUGUGCACGCAGCGGGGGCCCCAUUCACAAAAGCGUUCCUCAGGAUAAGAACAGCUUCCAGUUACAAACGGACCUCCAGAACGAAUUAAGUUCAUAACCGGAGGUACCACUGUACAGUGGUACCUCUAGAUACAAACGGGAUCCGUUCUGGAGCCCCAUUUGCAUCUAGAAGCAAACGUAACUAGCGACGGCACAUCUGCGAACAUGCGCGUCGCUUUUCGCCACUUCUGCGCAUGUGCAUGACGUCAUUUUGAGUGUCUGCGCAUGCGCAAGCAGAGAAACCCAGAAGUAAUGCGCUCCGUUACUUCCGGGUUGCCGCGGAGCGCAACUCGAAUGCGCUCAACUCGAAGUGUAUUCAACCCAAAGUAUGACUGUACUGUAGGAGGCAAAAGGGCCAGACAUGACCAAUAAGAUCUGCAGGCUUGCCUCAGAGCUGUGGUGGAUCCUAUCGUUCCACGGCUGCCUCUUAUUUGCAUGGAAAGAGUAGCAUGCAUGCCGAGCAGGGAGGGGCCAGAUUCGUACAGCUCUGAUACUUCCAUUCAUCCCUGUGAAAUCUUGACAGGAUGUUAUGGCCUGCUUCGCGGCUCAAGAAGAAACCUUCAAGCACCUGGAGGAAAUGAAGAAUGAGAAUGAAGAGUCCCUGGUGCGACUAAAAGAGGAGAGGGAUGUAUUGCAACGUGAACUUGAGCACACCAAGUACUCGGGAGAGGCCCGGAAGGUGGGGUAAGUUGGCUCCUCCACUUGUAUCACUUGGCUUACAGGCAAGAGCACAUGUUGGCGAUCCGCCAUGCAGAGUGUGCCAGUCCUUGCUCCCUGACCCACAUGAGGGUUAGGAGCUGGGGGGCUCAAGGGUUCUCUUCUGUGAACCACCCCACCCCCUCUCCCACCCCCAGGGCCCAGAACCUUAUGAAGGAGUUACGCGCGCAUCUGCAAAAAGAAGAGAAGAGGCGUGAUGCAACCCGGGAAGAGCUGUCCAAGGUGAACAAGGUUCUGCUCAAUGCCAAAACUGGAGUGGAGCAUUUGGCCUCCAAAGUGCAGCACAUCAAGCUGGUGAGUGCACAGCUGAGCAUGUCCUGGCUCUACGGCAGGCAGCUCCCCACCCAACGCACAGCGUACAGCUCAAUCAAUACGAUAACCAAGAUCGUACCUCUGACCUGCAUGAUGUUCCCAACAAUCUGCACUACUUGGCAGCACCAUCAGUGGCAGGUUGAGGCUCUCCACUGAGGAGGAGAGUCUUGGAGGAAGAAAGCAGGGGCUAAUGGUUAUAGCAGGAGCUGUGAGGCAGAACUCCAGGGUUCUGUUCACCUCACUGAAAGAUAUGCUUAUAGUAGGGUAACAGGAUUUUGCCUUUGUUCUCUCCCUGUGUGGCCCUGAUCAAGUAGCUGUUCCAACAAGUUCAUAGGUCUCCCUGCUGUGCUCUGUUGGGCAGAAGCUAGUGAACAUCUCUUCUUCUCCCUAGGAAGAUAGCCGCUUUGCUUCUACCCAAUUGAACGAGAAAGCCAGUGAUUAUGUCCUUGACCUCCUGGCCCAGACAGAGGAGAAGCUGCUGUUCCUAAUGGAUUCUCUCAAGGAUCGAGACAAGAAGGAACUUCUCCAGAGAAUUGAAGACGUGGAGGUGGGUUCAGAUAAGGUUGAGAGGGCUACACUUCUCAGUUGUCUUCUCAGUCACCUUUGUUGGGAUUCUACACAAUGACAUAUUCCCCAAUUCACCAGGCAGUGAUAAUCCACAUGGAAUUAUGGGGUUUAGCUUCCUAUGGAUAAGAGGGCACUGAGACUUGUGAUUUUUUUUCCUAUUUGCUUUAUUUACGAAUACACAACUGAGCAUUUGGGGAGCAGACUCCUAAAGCAGGCAGUGCAGUUGCUAAUUCUGCCUCGGUUCUCCAAAGGGAGCAACUUGUGCUUCUGUUUCAACUAAGCACUCUCUGCUCUAUCCUUGCCCUGCCUAAAUUCAGACUGGCUUCAAACUCUUUGCAAUUCUUUUUCGCCCUCCCUUUUCAAACUCUGGUAGGUUCUGAAUUCCAAGAACAUAAAUUUCUCAGCCAUUAUGGCUGCAUUCCAGUUAUUAAGAUUCUUCUAUUUAAUCCCUGACCCGAUCAGGUGACAUUAAGGCAAAACAUGACUCAGUCAAAGUUACAAAGAUAAUACAUUUCAAGUCAGGUCAGAAUUGCUGAGCUACGAGGUCUGCUGGGCUUUGCCCUAAUACACAAGGAAAUGAGUUGCCCCUCCCCAUUUCCCAUGGUCCCAGUCUAACCUCUGUCCUAUGUUGUUGCAGUUCCAUUCUAAACUUGAGAGACGGCUGCCUGCCUACAAUACGAGGGUCAAACUACCCACCGCACAGAAGCCAGACAUGUAUUAUGGUGAGUCUCAGCAGCAUGUAUCCAAGUUUUCUAACACAUGGCCAUUGGAUGGAAGCUACAUUGCACAGCGAGAGUCUUCCCUGUAGGCAAAUUCUGUUGCCUCAUGUCUACUUCUGUGCUCUAUAGCUUCUAUAGCUGAUAGUUUUGGGUUCCAUGUAUUGGGCUAACUUCUGCAGGUGGGUACAAUGGAAAGCAAUGCACAAGAAGCUUUUUGGACUGUGGCUGUGGACUGUUUGUCGUGUUAGCUGUGCCACAAUUUUGUGGGAGCAUAGAAUGUGCUUGUGGGCAUAGAACUCAGCUUCCUGAAUUUUAAAAAAAGUUGUUUUGAAAAGAGAAUUUGUAACUUUUGUGGGUGUGCGGGUAAAUUUUAAUGCAUGUAUACAAUGCCUGCUAAAAUUUCUGAAAUCGGAUAAAUGGCUUAAUGGGAUUUUCAGCAGAGAGGGAAAACGAGCAAAAUGAUAAUGUAUUUUACAAAACACUGAACAUUAUGCAAACCCAGAGUAAAUAUGCAUGUUUGCAUACCUUGCAGAAUUUCUUAUUUUUUUAAUCCAGAAUUUGGACUACCUGGGCACAGAAUUUCUCUCCUUCAUUGCACAGAGUUCACGCAGCCCCUGUCUUAGCACACUGUGGGCUCUUUGGUAGUUUUAAGUUACAGGUUCUGUGUAAGUGGCAGCUGUGUGGCACAGGUCUUCUCUGCCUACAACAUCAUUGGCCUUGAACACAUGGCUAUGGGGCAUUGGCACACCUAUGUUUCCCUUUGUGACGUCACAGAUGUAGAGUACUUACCUUUCUUUGCCUUUGGGCUAUGGGCUUUGUUGAGGGGCAGCCUUUCUCCGUGGCUGUGGACUUGGUUAUGAUGCUAGUCCCGUGUCAUAGUGCAGGGCUUGGAACCUUAGCCUUGUGACCUCAUGCACGAUGAUGAUUUUAUUUAUUGAAUUUAUAUACCGCCCUAUACCCAGAGGUCUCAGGGAGCUUCACAAAACAAAAUCAAAAUAUAAAACCACAAAAUAUAUACUCAAAAUAAAAGCAAUAACCCUCCCCCCCCAAAAAACCCACCAACCACAUUUUAAAAGGUCAUAGGAUGUCAAUCAAAUCAACCACCUGGUUAAAAAGGAAUGUUUUUGCUUGGCGCCUAAAGGUGUCUAAUGAAGGCGCCAGGCGAACUUCACUGGGGAGAGCAUUCCACAGACGGGGAGCCACUGCAGAGAAGGCCCCGCUCUCGUGUUGCUACAAACCCUUUGGUCUCUUUGCAGAUGAGGAGGAUAGCGGAGAGGAUGAUGCAGAUGUGGUGACCCGUGCAGCCCUGAAGCGUCAGUCCCAGCAGAUAAUAGAAUCGAAGACCAAACGUCGCACCCGCUACAGAAAGAAGGAAGGGAAGCUGCAUCCUAUGUAGCCCCCUUCCAUACCUUCCCCUGAUCCUGCAGUGCUCCAGAGUCCUUGGCUAUUAAAGGUGCCUCCCAGCCACUGAUUUUCCGUGUGAGCCAGUCCUACACUUCACUCCCGCCAAGUCUGCAGGCCCCAGGAAAGGAGAAACAUGACCGCUUUGUGGAUCUGUUUCCCAUGCUGGCAGAGAGCAGGCAGGGACCUACAGUGAGCUGCAGCCAGUGCAUAGCUCCUGCUCUCCCUGCCUUUCAGCUCUCACCUAUGUGAAAAGCAUGGGGUCUUCAGUGGGUGGGGUGGGGUGGGGUGGCUUGGCCCUGGUGUUUGUCAGGAAGGAAGAGGAUGCACCUUGCCCACCUCCCAGCUAAAUAAGACUCUUUUCCAGAAUCUCUCAACCCUGAGCAGAGAUAUUCCCCACCGUGCCCUUAGUUUGACUGAUUUCCCCCCUUGCUCCAGCCACAAGCACCCCCCUGGUAUAUGUGGAUAGAGGUGGGGGCGCAGAGUCAGUUACACUCUGGUUGCGGAACGGGGUUACUAUGUGCUGUGUUUGCUGUGUAUGAUGCAAUAAACCUGUUCAGGCUGA